AUGGGCACAGGUAGAACUUAUUGUAUAUACAAAGGUGCAGUACAAGACAUGGUGCUCUGUGUGAUUCUCCUGCUGUUUGGCAAUUUUUCUCCUGCUUGUGGUAAAGACGAUCGUGAUCUAGAAAAUGUUUUACAGUUUGUGUUGCAGGAAGUACAGUUGCUACGUUCUAGGAUGUCAGCGUUAGAAAACGUAAUUGAAAAUCAGAACGAGAUCAUUCGAGACCAAAACAUGAGACUUAUUCAACUUGAAAAGCUAAGUGCACCGAAACACUCCGAUGGUCAUGCUGUUGAAAAAACAAAUUUGAUAACGAUAACUGAUAACACUAAACGUACCCAGCUUUUUAAUCCAAAGGGAUCAAAUCAAACAGGCAUUGAAUUUUAUAGAAGGCACGUUCAUUUACCUUGUAGAAGGAAAGGAAACCAAAGGAUCAGGCGGGAUACAACAAGAAUCCUAGCAGUACAACCCAUUGCGUUUCAUGCUCACAUGAGUAGCCAUUUGAAUAACCCUGGCGGGCAUCAUACUCUGAUUUUUGAUACGGUCAAAACUAAUGAAGGCAAUGGUUACCAUCCUCGUAUCGGAGUGUUCAUUGUCCCUAGGUCUGGUACUUAUUUCUUCACCUGGACAAUGUCUCUCUAUAACUCAGCCUCCCAUUCUACAGAGUUGGUCGUUAACACGGUUCCUAAUGGAGCAAUUUACGUUGCUACGAUUGCAGGUCAGCGUGAUAGUGCUACUGGAAAUGUUAUCCUAAAUGUGAACGAGGGAGACGAAAUCUUCAUCCGCACAAGGGACACUGAUAAUUAUGGACAAAUUUUGAGUGAUGAUUUCAGCAGAACGGAUUUUUCUGGAUUUUUGAUCGAAUAG